UGAUUUACUGAACGGCAUGGAUUGUAUCAAAAUAUCGAUGUACAGGAGUCAUGGCUGCGCUUUAAACCCUCAUGUUCAGGAUAUUAAUGAACAGCUGCAGUGGGGAGUUUAUAGUAGCAUUUGAAUGUCUGGAGGCAUGUCCAAGAAAAGGGGCAGGAAACGGAGCAGCGGUGAGCUGAGCGACACCAUGACCCCGGACCCCAACUGCAUCCUGGGAGUGCGUAUCCAGCACAACUGGCAUGAAAAGGGCACCCAGAGCAAGUGGAAGGGCACAGUGCUGGACCGUCUGGGGGUCAACCCCGCCCUCUUCAUGGUCAAGUACGACGGCUUCGACUGCGUCUAUGGCAUCGAGCUGUUCAAGGACGAGAGGGUGUCCAGCCUACAGGUGCUCUCAGAGAAAGUGGUCAACAACCGAAUCAGGGUUCCCCCCGGGGCUGAGGAGCUGGUGGGGAAGGCGGUGGAGCACCUGUUUGAGAAGGAGGACGGGGAGAAGAACGAGUGGAGGGGGAUGGUUCUGUCCCGCGCCCCCAUCAUGACCCACUGGUACUACAUCACCUACGAGAAGGACCCCGUGCUCUACAUGUACCAGCUGUGGGACGACUAUGCAGACGGAGACCUGCGCAUCCUGCCUGAGGCCGAGAACAAGCACCUGCUCCCAGCUGACCGUAAGCCUGGGGAAGAGACAGAGAGCCUUGUGGGUAAGCAGGUGGAGUACGUGACUGACAAGGGGGUGAAGAGGACCGGCCUGGUGAUCUACCAGGUCCCAGCCAAGCCCUCCGUCUACUAUAUCAAAUAUGACGAUGACUUUCACAUCCACGUCUAUGACCUGGUCAAGACCACCUAGAGACAGAUACUUCCCCCGAGUCAUCACCCCCCUUCACUCUCUGUGUGACCUCACAGAGAGAGAAACUGUUAUUUUAAUGUCUGUGGUUUUAAACCAGUAUGCUUUCAUCUUUCAGCAGGUGUAACUUCUUUAGUUUCUGUCAUGGGUAAUGCUGAGCGAAACUGUAGCAAUGCCAGGUUUGGCCACUAGAGGGUGGUGUGUAGGGAGGCUCAGGAGAAGCCGUCUGGAGGGACAGUGUGAGCAGGCUCUGACUGGGUGCUCUGGACCACUUGCUAACACUUGGCCUCAUACAAGCUUACACAAACAAUGUAGUAUUAUUAUUAUUAAUAAUAUAAAUUAUAUGAAUAUUAUUGGGAAAGCUGCCCCCCAAAAAAACAUUCUGGUCCCAUAUGGGCCAGAGAGGCUGGUGGUGUGGAAGAGCAGAGCAGGAACCACGGUGGUGUUGUGACAACCCCGCCUCUCUCUCAGUGUGCAGCUGUUAUUUAUUAACGACUUCAUAGACAAUCAUUUAUUAUUAUCGGAGCCACAGUUUGUAUCACCACUCUCUUACACACACAAACACACAUGCUGUACACACACGUACAGUACACACACACAAACACUCACUGUACACACACAAACACGUACUGUACACACACUCAAACACACAUACUGUACACACUUGUAGGGUUGUCCAACCUGAGCAGAACAGCAGAUGAGUUGGUCUGGCAGGGGAGACCACAGUAACCUAGGUGACCACGGAGACUAGACUUGUCUGAGAGGUCCUCAGUAACGAGCCUUGUGAUUGGCCUGGGCUAGCGCUCCUCAGUAACGGGCCCUGUGAUUGGCCGGGGCUAGAGCUCAUCCUCACUGAGGCAACAUCUCAUUGGUAGAUUACAAACUAAAGUCCCUUGCACAUCAUCAAAGUGCCUUUCGAGUCACGUUGCCAUGGCGGCGUGUUCGCCCGCCACCCAUCCUCCUGAGCCCGACGCCAGGUUCACACAGUUGCUUUGGUUACGGACCAGUCUGCGUGGGGCGUGGACAGAGAUGCUCGUUUUUACCCCAGGGGAAGAAGUUUUAAAGUGUUGUGAUUGGUUAUACGCAGCCCAAAAGUUGAUCUCUUAUCAGCAUUUCUGCAUGGUAAAACCCAGCUGCAGCCAUUUUCAUAAUGUAUGAAGUCAAACCAUAGAUUUAUUAUUAAGUAGACAAGCAUCACAGCUGGUUAAAGAUGGCAUCCCGUUUGUUUCUAUGGAAACUGCUCAGUGGCGCAUUGAAGCUUGGGGUCUUCAGAAAAAACAUUUCAUGAAAGAGCUAUUAUUUUGAGCCAGGUUUGAGAACCAGAAACAGUUCGGGUAGUUGUAUUUGUUUUGAUUGGAGUUAAUAGAAUGAUUGGAAAGAGCAGUGUGCCAAAACAAAAAUGCUAUACCAACAAUAUCCACCGGGGGCUUUGCUUCAAGCUGAAGAGCUGGAGGCGGGGCUUGUGAGGAGAUGGGAGCGGGGCUUGAGAGGAUCGGGGGAGGGGCUUGAGAGGAUUGGGGGAGGGGCUUGAGAGGAUUGGGGGAGGGGCUUAAGGCGCUCAUGCCAAGGGACUGCAUAGAAACCCUGUGUGGGCUGUAACCAUAGCAACAGUGUGAACCAGAGGGAGGAGAGGUUCUGCCCAGUAUUAGCCGGCUC